UGCUGGAGAGGUGAGCACCACUCUGGCGCUCAUCCACUCAUCGCGGCUGCCGCCUCGGCUCGUCUCCGAAAGAAGUGCGGACACUGCUCGAGACAGUCACCCAUUGCAUGCAAAACAAUUUAUAUAUACCGGUGCCUCCUGGGUCUGUGCCUCCCCUACCCGACACCUACAGCUGCUUCGUUUUCACCCGCUCUUGCAGGGGCUUUUUACGCGCCGUUGGAUGGUUCGGCUCCCCUCGUCUGUGGCGCUGUACCACCUGCACCGUGUCAGACCGGCGCUCCUGCUUUAAGGCUGCUGCAUCGCUCUACAUUCCUGAGGACUGGACCUCACUUCAUCCGAAAGGUGCAGCAGGAUGCAGGGAGCACUGCCUGUGUGUGGACUGCAGCCCCUGCUGGCCCUCCUUCUGCUUCAAACUGCAGGCUGCGGCAUAACCAACGCCGACACUGUGGUGAAUAUGCGGAAGGUGACCCAUCAGACCAUUAGCGAGGAGCUGUCCAAAACCGUUCUCCUCCCCUGCCUCUUCACCCUCCGCCCCAGUGCCAGCUCAUCUCAUGAGCCCCCCAGGAUCAAGUGGACCAAGGUUUGGGGCCAGAGAGGCUCUGAUGGCCUGCAGAAGGAACAGUCGGUCCUGGUGGCCAAAGACAACGUGGUCAAGGUGAAGAAGGCUUUCCAGGGUCGUGUCAUGCUGCCUGGUUACAGUGAGAACCGCUACAACGCCAGUCUUGCUCUGUCAGGGCUACGGUCCAGCGACUCUGGUCUGUACCGCUGUGAGGUCGUGGUGGGCAUCAGUGACGAGCAGGACACAGUUCCCCUGGAGGUCACAGGUGUGGUAUUUCACUACCGAGCCCCUCAUGACCGAUACGCCCUGUCCUUCGCUGACGCCAAGAGAGUGUGUGUGGAGAACUCAGCAGUCAUCGCAUCGCCCGGCCAGCUGCAGGCGACCUUCGCUGAUGGAUAUGACAACUGUGAUGCCGGCUGGCUGUCUGACCAGACUGUACGGUAUCCCAUCCAGUCACCUCGGCCCGGUUGCUAUGGCGAUCGCGAGGACUCACCUGGAGUCCGUAACUACGGCGAUAGGUCCCCUGAUGAGCUGUUUGAUGUCUACUGCUUCGCUAAGCAGCUUCAAGGUGAAGUGUUCCACUCCACACUGCCAGAUAAGUUGAGCCUGGCCACAGCCUCCACCCACUGCCACUCCCUUGGAGCCCAGCUAGCCACUGUCGGACAGCUCUACCUCGCCUGGCAGGCCGGCCUGGACCAGUGUGACCCCGGCUGGCUUGCAGACGGCAGCGCCCGCUACCCUAUCAACGUCCCGCGGAAGAACUGCGGCGGAGACGAGCCCGGGGUGCGGACUGUCUACAACAACCCCAACCGCACUGGCUUCCCCGACACCACGGCCCUGUACGACGCCUUCUGCUACCGAGCCCACCAGCCAGCAGGGGUCCAGGCUGCAGAGGCACAGGCUUUGUACCAGGCCCCAAACCCAGCAGCAGAGGCCAUCCCUUCUGUCACCGAAGCCCAGCGUAGUAGUGCCCCUUUUCCCAAAACUUCCACCUGGACCGGAUUGGUUGACUUGGAGAACGCAGGAGUCCACUCUAUUGCUGGGAUCAACAGCUCUGCUGAGAUCUCCGAAGAGCAUGUCGUCAUCCACUUAAGGCCAGAGGAGGGCUGGGGUGAAAAACAGGAUGGACCCAUAACCAGCCAACCCAGCCUGGAGGAGUCUGACGCCCCAAAGAGUAGCAACGCCAUGGGCCUUUCUGACCUCGAGACCCUGGAGAGCCAUGGAGGCUCUGCUCACGAAGAACAAGACGCCAGCUAUUUUGGAUCAUCUGACAUCCCAACACCAUCCUCCAUGACUUCCUCCACUCCUCAGCCUCAGACUAGUAACAGUGUGUUGGCUGAGUUUGUUCACACUCUGAUGAAGCCCUUCAGGUACUGGAGAGGAGGAGAGGAGGUAGGGGAGACAGAAAAGAGGCUUUCAGAGCUCGAGGAAAAAGCAGGAGAGAACCAGACGCAGGGAGAGGCAUCCAGCAGAAAUCUGAGUGUACCAAAACCAAGUGGAAACAAGGGAAGCAUGGACAAUGCCAUUAUGGAGCACAGGAGUGGUAGUUUCUCCUUCAGGACUCCUAGCAGUGGACUACAGAAUCCACAGGAAGGGCUGUCUGAGCAGGAGAAAGAGGUGAUGCCGCUGGUUCGAUUAGUGCCUGCAGUCAAAAGCACAAGGCAAAACGAUACCACGACUCCGCCGGGAGAACAAGCCUCCAGCACUACUGCAGCAAACCCAAACCCUCCAUCCAGCAGUAACGAAUUCACUGCAUCAGGACCCAAAGAGAGAUCACCACCCAGUGAACAUGUCAACAUAUCUGGCCCUCAGGGUCCCAGAGGAGGCCCGGCCUCUCCUCCCGCCCCCAGCAGCCACUUUCGAUGGGCCAUCAAAUCCAUGCGUGGCUCCAAACUCGGCCCCCCUGGAAAUGUGGCCUAUGUGGGCAAACGUCCCACGUGGGAGCCUAUGGAGGCCAAAGCAGGGCCACUUGAAGUGAUGACCCUGCCCACUUCCCUUCGCCAGGACAACCCAGAAAACUAUUCAGGCCAGGGAAAGGACCAGGACGGAGAGGAUCCGAGCACUCCAUCAGCUGCCAGAACUGCAUCAGGAGAGGAGAAGGAGAUUGAGGGGAGCAGUGAAGGGAGCAACUUUCCUGGUGGGUUUGGAUUGACAGGCAACAACAUGGACAGCGGUGGUGUCAAACUGAGUUCUGAAAAAAAGUCCUCACUCAGCCAAGGCCAGACUGAGGUUGUGACUGUGGCAGAGCACACCACUCUGUCCCAGUGGCAGCCGGUGCAGCAGCCCACCACCCCACCUCAGGGCCCCCAGGAGUCUGACACAGCAGAGGAGGCCAGGGGGGAGAUCCUCUACAUCCGCCGACCCACUGAUACCAUCUCCUCUGCUUCUUCAUGGAAGGGAGAAAGUAGUUCAAAUUCAGGUUUCACUCCUCUUUUUAGGAAGAACAGCAAAAACAAUAGCAGAAAGGAGGUGGUGACUUCCACGCCUGAAGCCCUAAUGGAGGUGCUGACAACCACUGAGGUGACCACAGUGGAGCUUCUGACUACUAGUGACACGCAGAGGACGGAUCCUAUCACCAGAGCAAUCACCACAGAAAAUUCCUCAGAGAGCGCCACCUUAGGGGAGUCGUCUAUUUCCAUUUCUUGGGUUCGGGAAGAGACGGAGAAAACAACCCCCAACCCACAGGACCGUCUCUCAGCUACUCUAGCACCCGGAUCUCAAACGACUACUGGUGUCAUUCAGUUGACCACCUUCGCGUCAGACUCCAACGUUGGCGCCACACAAAUGGAAUCCAGGUCGGCAGUGUCUGAGUCCUUCAUUGUUGGGAGUCGGUGGACACCUUUCAAAGGCAUGAGCCCAAAGUCGGAGGAACACAAAGCUCCGGUGUCGACAGGCAACAAAGACAAAGACACAAACAACCCUUUCGGCAUCCUUGUACCCAACUGGGCCUUUGGGCUAAUCCCAUCAGUGGAGAACAACCCAUGCCAGACCAACCCCUGUCUCCACGGAGGGAGCUGCCUGCAGGAAGGUGAUGGCUAUAGUUGCUACUGUCCUCAGGGCUUCUCAGGAGAGAGCUGCGAGAUCGACAUUGAUGACUGCCAGUCUAAUCCAUGCCAGAAUGGAGGAACGUGCAUCGAUGAGAUCAACUCCUUUGUGUGUCUUUGUCUGCCCAGCUACGGGGGAGCUACUUGUGAGAAAGACACUGAAGGCUGCGAGCACACAUGGAGGAAGUUCCACGGCCACUGCUACAGGUACUUCACCCGGAGACACACCUGGGAGGACGCCGAGAAAGACUGCAGGGAGCACAGCGGCCACCUGGCCAGUAUCCACAGUCUGGCCGAGCAGAACUUCAUCAGAGGUCUCAGCCAUGACAACACCUGGAUUGGGUUAAACGAUCGUACAGUGGAGGACGACUUUCAGUGGACCGACAAGAUGGACCUGCAAUAUGAGAACUGGCGUGAAAACCAGCCCGACAACUUCUUUGCUGGAGGAGAAGACUGCGUGGUGAUGAUUGCUCAUGAGAAUGGCAAAUGGAACGACGUGCCCUGCAACUACAAUCUGCCUUAUGUCUGCAAGAAGGGAACAGUACUUUGCGGAGCCCCACCCACUGUGGAGAAUGCCUUCCUGAUUGGCCGGAAGCGCUCCCACUAUGAUAUCCACUCUGUAGCGCGCUACCAGUGUGCCGAAGGCUUCCUGCAGCGCCACGUGCCCACUGCUAAGUGUCGUGCCAACGGCAAGUGGGACCGGCCUAAAAUCAUCUGCAUAAAAUCCCGACGAGCCCACCGCUACCGGCGCCACCACCACAAGGGCAGGAGGGAGCGCAGGAAGCACAAGAGGCACGGCCACAGAGAGGGAGGCCACCACGGAGGAGAGCUGGGCCACAACCGCGCCCACGUCUGAACCAAAAAAAAAAAACCACCCACCCCCUUUCCUUUUUCUCCUCUGCUGCCAGCUGCGGUUUGCCUGUCUCCCUGUCGUCCCUUCCUCUCCUCGCCCCAUUUCCCCAAACACUCUUUCACACCUUCCAGCUCAAAACUCUCAGCCCAAGCCCCCCCUCCCCUCCCUGCACUGCACUGCCCUGCCCUUUGCUCCACCCCUGGCUCUCCGAGUCAGCCUGUAUCAUAGUCAACUCUGAGGCCUGCCAAAGUGCUGCCAGGCGUCACCGGGACAACAACAAAUCCCUUUGUACUCUUUUUACUUUCCUCUCUCUGUUUUCCUUUCUUGUCUGUCUCUCACCGACCCUCUAACUCGACCCAGUUACUCCCCUCCGAGCUCAACGAUGACCUGAAACAUGGGGCUACGCUGACCUGUUUUUGAAAAAAAAAAAAAAAAAUUACCUUUGAGAUCCACACCGAACAUUCUUCGGGGAGAAGUGGUUUAGUACAAACUAUAAAUAGGAACGACAUCACUGAAAAUGCCGUAACAAAAUCAGACGAGUCAAGGAAGACAUCCGUGUUGUUGACUUUGAGCCUUUUGUCUGUUGAACACACAUUAUUUUCUACAAGUGUUAAUUUCUUGACUCCGCUGCUUUUGGUUUUGCUCUUUGUAAGACAUUGUACUUGACUUAAAGCGAGUUAUUCUGAAACAGAUUUAAGUGAUUUUCUUUGAAUCAGAGGCAGUUGUAAUUGAAUUAUUUGAUUGUUAGCGUUGUAUUUUCUUGUCAGUGUGAGACAGUUACUUUAGAUCAGAUGCUAAAAACCCCCAGAGGAAAAUGGAAAAACGCAUCUCAAUUCAGUUUCAUCACAUCUUAUUCCACAUCAGUCAUUUCUCUGAAGUGUCGGAACAAUCUCAGCCCACUCUUGUUGUGUCAGACAUCCAUCCCUGUCAUUCUCAAGGGUUAAUCACAAUCUUUGAUGUCAGUUUGUCUCAGCUCAGCUCAGCAAUCCCACGAUCUGUUUUGCCUUUUCUCAUAAUUUGCGUCGCUGUGAGAAUGGGUGUGCUGUGAAUUAAUGAAGGUGAUGCAGCAGGGCCAAGUUCUUCUCACUCAUCAGCAGAGUUUUGCAUCUUUGGUUUGAUGAGGAGAAAUUACGCUGUCACCCAGGCGUGAGAGAUACAGAGAGAGACGGAGCAGGUUAAGCACAAGAUAUGACAAGUUCAUGCGCAGCGUUUGGGUACACAAAAAACACAUAUGUCUUUUUUUAUUUUAUUUAAUAUUUCACUUUCAGCUUUUUAAAACUUUCUUAAAGUUGGUUCUGCGUUGGUGGUGAGAUAAUGCGUUCCCAAUCUGUCUCUGUCAACAGUCAUUUAUCUUCACCAUGAAGUCAGUCUGUCAGAAACCAAGAAGUUCUGUUUGUUUAAAUUGGGGCUGUCAAAGAUUACAUUUUUUUAAUCACGUCUAAUCGCUGGAUUUCAUUACUUAAUCGCAAUUAAUCACACUUUUUUAAUCACAGGUUUAAUAAAAUUCCAUAAUUUUGCAUGUCAAAACAGUUUUGAGGUCCAUAUUAAGAAGGUGAGGCAAUUCUUACCACAGUGUUUCGGUUGGGAAUCAAAUGAAUGCAAAGAAAUUUACUUUAUGAGCCUAACUUUAAAAUGUGUUUCUUUCAAAUCAGUGCUGCACUGCACCAACAAUGAAAGAGACAAAAUAUGCAGCAUACAGUUAACCCUCUGAGAUCCACAUACUGUAGACCCAUUUUUGCGUUUUUUUGGCAGGGGGCAAGGGAGCUUUUUGGGGGGAGAUAGCAGGUCAGCAGUAUAUGCUACACAGUAGUGAUAUAUAUCACCUGAAAGCUGCAAACCUGAAGAGCAAUUUGAGAUGCAGCUCAGCACUGUGUGUCAAGUUUUUCUACUCAUAAAUUUGUAAUAAACACUGCAAAAAAAGUGCAUAGUUUGUGCCCAAAACUGUGUGGGACUGGCAUAAAGUGGACAUGUCUAUAAACAGGAGACUUGUGGGACCCACAGAGUUGAUUGUCAUUCAGAUACCUUGAGGUGGGAGGUCAAGGAACCUCUGUGAAAACGGCCAUGCUGUUUUUCCCUCACCAAAAUUUGCCUAACUUUGGAGCGUUAUUUAGCCCCCUUCCUUAGAAGUUAGCUUGGUGCCACUGGAUUCCUAUGAUACCUGUAUAAGCCCCAGUAUCAGGCGUCUAUAGCUUCAGCACGCGAUUAACAGGAUUUUAAGAAAUUAAUACCUUAUGUUUGGACCUCCUAAUCAAAUCGCGAUAAUGUAUUUGCAAUGACCACAAUCUUUCCUUCCUCUUUGUCUUCAUCGCACCGAUCGGGGCAGCAGGUCAGAAAACAUCCAAAUUGGUCAUUUGAGAUUGCACUGACAGAUUACACCAAAUGGUCGAUUACUUUUCACUCUCACUGAUUUUAAGACUCAAAGCUACAGUAGGUAACUUUUUUAAAAAAAAUAACUUUGUGCCAUAUUUGCUGAAACUGUCGAUACAUCCUGUCGGUAGUGCAUGACACAGGUAAUCUGUGAAAAAAUCACUUCUAGUGCUCCUAAUGGCAUUUGCAAGAAUACUCUGCACCUGAAUGAAAACAACCAAUCAAAGCCAGGAGGAGUCUGUAACGCAGUGUCAGUCAAUGCUCAUGCACACACUGUGCUGCCAACAACAGCGUCCACAGCAAAUACAAGGAAAUAGAAGACGAGCAAUGACCUUCUUCUGUGAAAGUGAAAGCAAGCUUUUUGUCACAGGUCCUCCUUUGUGUACUUGUCCGCUGUUGUUGGCAAAGGAGGGAUGGGGCAGUUUCUUUAAUGCUGGUGGUUGUUUCUGAGGCAUUGUGUUAGCAAAGCUCCUCCAAAAGCCGACUGCAGAUAUAAAGCUUAAAUGAGUGAGAGCAUGCGUGGGGAGGAGGAGGCUGGCGCAGCGUGUGCACGAGCACUGAUUAACACUGAGUUGGAGACUCCUGCUAACUCUGAAUGUUUGAGUGUUCAGGUGCAGUGGAUUCUUGCAAAAGUUAUUUUUUUAUUUAUAUAAAAGCUACCCACUGAACCUUUUAACCUGCAGUCAAGAACUUUUGUCCUUCUUCUACACUCGUGUCCUGGCUUGGUUUGGCUUGGUUUGAAUUGGCCUGUCAUCCUAGUGCAGCAGGGAUUCGCUUCUCCCUUACAGCAGGGCAGGUAAAAGUUUACCUGAUGUAGAUGAACUGUUUGCAGAGGUGCAGUAAGAGCCUGUUUAGAGCUCUUCAUCAACAUCUUUCUGUGACAGUUUCUGCUUAUACUCUUCCUCCUUGCGCUAGUAGCUUUGUUUUUAUGAAAGAAAAACCGCUAAGAAAUGACUAAUCCUGUGAUAAAAAAAAUUAAUUUCCUUUAGAUUCUUCACAAUAAAAGUCCCCUGUUAUUCUGGUAUGUAGACGCUUUUAUUGUGAAGCAGCAACCACAGAGAUUCAGUUGUAAGUUACGAAAGUAUUGAGAGCUGAACUCACAGAGACUUCUAAAAACAUCUGUCUCUUUGGUGUCCAACACAGACAGAUGUGAGUUGAGUCUCACACACGGGGGUUGUCAGUUUGGCUGCUGUGGGCAAGACGUUACCGCUCCUCGCUUGUAGACAGUCAGGCACGCAGUCGGCCCCGCUCUGGAGAAGGAGCAGGAAGGUCCAGCUCCAGUGCAGCUCGGCGUGGUAUGGCAUGUUAAAACUGACAAAGGAAAAGCAAAUCAGUGCCACGUGGUUUGACUCAGUGCGUCCAAAAGUUAACACAGCAGAUAUUGAGCAACAUUAGCAUUCACUGAGUGUCGUGUGUCGGACACCUAACAAAUGUAAGACAGAUGAAAGAGGCUAAAACACAGCAUCAAGCUGAGAGAACUACAGAGUUGUGUUCUCAGUGGGCUUGUCUCUACAAGCAUCGCCUACAAAUUGUUAUCUGAUCGAUUGUUAAUCUAACAAAAUCUACAGCUCUCUGCGGAUAACACCAGCCCUCCAAACCAGGAUGAGUUGGGGAACAGGCAUGAGGACUAAAGCCUAAUUCUGAUGACUGUUGGAUCAUGAAUCAAAGCUGUGUGCACAGGGUGUGAUGAUGAAUAUCCUGCGAGGCAGAAGACACAGAGAUGCUGAGAACUCUCUCAUCUCAGUGUGCGUGUGUGUUUGUGUGUUGAUGAUUGAGGAUGUUGACAGUGGCUGCGGUCCCAGAGGAUGAUGAUAGAGAGGGUCAGCAGAGAUUAAGGCUUCCCAUUUCUGGGGCAGUCUCGAGUCUCAGAGCCGCUCACACCUGUGCUCGCUUCUGCCGCGUGUCCUGCUUUAAAGAGAGGAUUGAGACGGAUAGAACAAGCGCUUUGCUCUCUUUCCUCCCCUUUUACUGCCGGGUUAAAUUGGUGUUGUUUAAAGCCAGCACUUGAGGUUGGAGCUUCUGGGAUUAUGUCCCAAACACUGACUCCAGCACUUUUAUCCUUUAUGUUUCUCCCUCUUGUUCUUCCCUUUUCCCUUCACCGCCUUUCACUUUAGUGCUUUUCAUUUAUCUUCCUCACUCCACAUUCUUUUCACUGUCACUGUCUAUUUACAAUAGAAAAGUGGUGGAGGACCUAAAUUCAGUUUAACCAGCUCUUUAUUGGCGAAAGAGGACCGUCGGUGUCUUCAGCCGCCUGUCACGUAUCUUGUAAAAAGAACACUAAAGCAGGAUCAGGUUAUAUAAAGUCACAGGAGGUAAGAAAAUCCAUCCUGUGCACAUUAAUUCUCUGCCUUUGUUUGUCUCCUCUCACCUUGGCAAUGACAACACUCUUCCGCACGGCGAAGACAAGUGAACCUACACCUUUGUAUCAGUUUAAUUAAUCUACUGCAUGCCUAAUUAACAAGUUGCAUUAUCUGCAGAACGGCGGAGCUGUGAUGACAAGGGAGGGGUUAGGUUGACGGACAGCCAGUGGAGGGUUUAGGGUGACGGGCAGGAGACCCAGAGAACUGUCACAGCCGUCAAACCCCUGUCGUUUCUUCGACGUCAGGCUGCAACACGGCUUUUUUUUUUCUGUCUGUCCGGGAAAAUGGAUUGAGCACGGGUGGUUGAAUGAAAGGGCAGACAGAAGCCCCUCGCACUGUAAUUCAGAUCAGAGUUGAUGCCCAGUGACAGUGUAAUUACAGCUGUGUAAAGGCUCAGCUGUGUGACAGGAGUUAAAAACUUUUGAAGAAGUGAUGAAGUGAGCAACUGAAUUUUUGGGUGCGCAGAGCAGAGAGCACGAGGAGACAGGAUUGGACAAAAUUAGAUGAAUUAAGACGAGUUAAAAUGCAUACUAAUGCUUCAGUUUGUGUUGAGGUUUAAAAAAGUAAUCUGAUGUUUAAUCCCCUGUUCUGUGUUUCCUUAUCCCCUUUUCCACACCUCUGCAGAGAUUUUUAGGCCUAUCACAAAAACACCAUAGAUCCAUAUUAAACUUAUUUUCUUUGUCAGUUUGAAUUAAAUAUCAAAGGUAAACCGCAGCGAACAGGUCGAGAGAAACCCACUGUGUCGCACACCAGCACCAUCAUCCAACUUCUGGGAGGGGAUUACCACAGUCGGGCCCAUCUCAGCCACUUGCCCGUUAACAUUACUCUCCUGAUAGCCACAGACAGACAGUCAUUAAGAGAAGUCAUUAAGGAAACACAGCCUCAGAAAAAUACUUCGGAACACAGCCUCUGAUUGGUACGACAAAGGCAUCACUGAGCUUAGAGAGAAGCUGCUGGUCCUGUUUGCCCUGGAUCCUCCAUCAGCUCCAUCUUCACUAUCACACCCAUAAGAUACAAGAGAGAAAGUAAUUCCAGAGAUAUUUAAUGUAACGUUAAAGGCAGGAAUUAUACCUGUGCAUCAGCAUUUAUACUUGUAUGGUGGUGUGUCUGUGUCACUCUGCAGUUACAUCUCCUAAACAUUAGUUGGCGGCUGGGUUUCUGUGAAGUGCUGUAAAGUUUAGUUGAUUCAAACACACAUUAAACAUGGCUUAAUAGAGACAAUUUCAAACACAAGUUCCCCACAAAUACAACAUGCUAACGUUUUUAGCACAAGCCUAUGGCAUUUUACAUUGUAUAAAUUAGCCUAGUGGCUAGCAGACUUUUCCUCUACUCAUAUGAAGCCAGGGACAACAGCAACAUUUAACAAAGGUAACGUUACAAAAUUCAGCUCCAUUACAGCUCACAAGGUUCACUGACAAAACAACUGUCUUAUACUAAACAUGUUUUCCAAAGAAAUAUAACGUGCUAACGUUAUUAGCACAAGCCUAUGGCAUUUUACAUUGUAUAAAUUAGCCAAGGGAUUUCCUCUACUUAUAUGAAGUAAGGAUAAAUCAUGUACAAGACUUAACAUGCUAUUUUGUGGAGGCUUUAUUGUCUUCACUGUUUAUUGUUUCUCAUCAGUGAUAAAGUAAAUAAAAGCUUCGUUUUCACUGUUCCAUGGUUUUUAGCUUACAAAAAUAAACAGGAGGUCUGCGUCACUGUGAGGUGUACUUACAU